GUGUCUACUAAAUAAAACUAGUUUGUUUAUCUCCAAUUAUUACUAAAUAAUAAUAAUAUUUACAUAAUGAUGUUGUUUUGGUAGUAGCAAUAGCUCAGGUUUUCUGCAAUUAGUACUCACUAUUAAAAUAAUAACAUUAUUCACUUAAAUUACCAUGAUUUUACAACAGUUAAAUAAUAAAAAUGUUAUACUUUCAAUAUGCAGGAAAUAUACGACAGAGAGACAAAAAGAGCUUAUGGCUAGAGGGCUUCCGAAGAGAAAACAACUUGAUGGAGUUAAGCAUGCAAUAAUAGUAGCAUCAGGAAAAGGAGGAGUAGGAAAAUCUACUGUGUCUGUCAAUUUAAGUGUGGCAUUAAGCCUUCAAGGUUUGCAAGUCGGUCUUCUGGACGCUGAUAUUUUUGGACCAUCCUUACCACUUAUGAUGAAUUUGAAAGACGAGCCAUUAGUUAAUGAUAAUAAUUUGAUGAUUCCUCCAGUAAAUUUUGGAAUUAAAUGUAAUUCUAUGGGUUUGUUGGCAAAGCAAGGUCCAGUAAUAUGGAGGGGUCCAUUAGUAAUGUCUGCUGUUGAAAGACUAUUAAAAGGCACAUUAUGGUCACCAUGUGAUGUUUUAGUUAUCGAUACGCCUCCCGGAACAGGAGAUGUUCAUUUAUCACUUGCACAGCAUAUACCAAUAUCAGGAGUACUUUUGGUCAGCACUCCACAGGCUGCGGCUCUCAAUGUCAUGCAACGUGGUGCUGAGAUGUUUAAAACACUUAAAAUUCCUCUGAUAGGCUUAGUAGAAAAUAUGAGUUUUAUUAAAUGUGAUAAUUGCUCAAAUACCAUAGAACUCUUUAAUAAUUCAAUAGAAAAAUAUGCUAAAGAAAUUGAUUUAGAAAUAUUGACAAAAAUACCAUUAACUAAAUAUGUUUCAGAGGGUUGUGAUGCAGGAGAACCUAUUGUUAUAAGUAAGAAACAUUCAGAUUGUACUAAAGCAUAUAUUGAAUUAUCAAAAUGUAUCACAAAGUUUUUGCAACUCUAA